AUGUCCAUCAAAUUCACCAAUGAACCUCCCCAAGGACUGAGGGCCGGACUCAAGCGAACCUACACCGGUAAGCUAAUGGUUUGCAUUUUAUGCAGGUUUCUUCUUCCUUCUAUUGUUGACCAGUCACGGGUUAAAUUCUUGUUAAUGUUGUUGUUUCAAGGUAUUAAUCAAGACCAAUUGGAUGUCAGCAACCUUCCACAGUGGAAACCCAUGCUCUUUGCCGUUGCCUUCCUUCAUACUACUGUUCAGGUGGGUGGAGGCCCAUCAUUGGUGUCAAUAUUGUUUUAAUACUACUGAACCAAAUGUUGAACUUCUUGAACAAAUUAUUUAACAUCGUUAAAAGGACUCAACAAUAUUGCAGCAAUGUCUUUUUAAUUGUCUCACUGAGGUUUUAGGGAUGAAUAGUUUAUGUCUUUUUUUGGAUUUCAAUGUGCAAAAGUCGGUCAAUUUCUCUAAACAAAUGUACUACGAUCAUUUUAACACGUUGAUCGAUAUUUGACCCGACAGUUCCUGAAAUCUCCUCGAAGAAAAGUAACUGAUUCGAAAUUUGAACUUCCUCGUCCCUUAAAAGUCAUUGCUUUAGCUUUGAUCUUUUUUGUUUCUCGUUGUUUAUUCAAUCAAAAACGGUGUCCUAUCAAUAGCUGUCAUAAGCAGUUUUUUCCUAGCUCUACCCAAUUAUCUCUACUAAACUUACUUACAAACUGCAGUACUUAUUUUAUUAAUUCACUCACGGCAUAGCGAUGUAGCAUACCUGCGUCAACAUUACUUUUCAUUGUCCUUUAGGAACGUAGAAAAUACGGUCCAUUGGGCUGGAAUAUCCCAUAUGAAUUUAACCAGGCUGACUUUACAGCCAGUGUGCAGUUUGUUCAAAACCAUUUGGACGACAUGGAUAUCAAGAAGGGUGUAUCAUGGAACACUGUACGUUACAUGCUGGGAGAGGUUCAAUAUGGCGGAAGGGUCACAGACGACUUUGAUAAACGGCUUCUAAACACUUUUGCCAAGGUAAAUACUCUGAAAACUAAACGAGUGUCUGUAUUGUAGUUUAGAAAAUACGCUGUUAGUUAUCAACUCUUGCAAAAACCAAACGGACUAAAUCAAUUAGAAAGUAACUUCGGUAUUUUUGGACGGUUGCUUAAUUUCCAUGGAAUAAGUUGAGUCUUGACAGGCAUAGGACUUUUUUGGUUCCUGGAAACAUUUUUAUUGAGACGUUUUUCUUGGAAACUAUCAUAUCAUGUAUUUUCGUAAAACUUUGUGUUUGAACAGAGAAAAAGUUUGUUUGCAGUUGUAUUUAACUAGGGACAUUCAAGACCCAAGUAGAUUUGUCCUCAGUUUACAAUUUCACUUUUACUGACCUUCAGCACGAGCUACCAGCAUUUUUACAGAUCUGCUCCCUGAGCCAAUGGUUAUGCAGUUUUUCACUUCAUCCUUUGUAGGUGUGGUUUAGCGAGUCAAUGUUCCAGCAAAGUUUUAAUUUCUACAAGGGUUAUACCAUACCAAAGUGUACCUCAGUACCGCAAUACAUGGAUCAUAUAGACACUCUCCCCCUUGUGGACUCCCCUGAGGUGUUUGGACUGCAUCCUAACGCCGAUAUCACGUAAGUUGAGAUUUAACGAAACAAGGCUUGUAAAUCGUCCAAGGUAAAAAAUUCCAUUGUUCUUGACCUUGCCUUAGAACCCCUUGACUUCCAGUUUUAGAAAAUUAUUUAGAAAGAGAAAUAGUCUCAACUCUUUAAACCAUCUUUUUGUGUUUAAAAACAUGCAACAACCGUUGUGAAAAUCCAAGCAAGAAGUUGUUAAAAAUAACUUUGCACCUUUGCAUGGUAAAUUGUAGCUACGUUAGCGAUGCAUUCGGCUUAAAAAAAAAAUGAACGGGGCUGUCGAAAAUACACUAACGAGUAUUUCACGUGUGUUUACAGAUACCAGAGUAACCUGGCCAAGUCUUGCCUGGAUACAAUCCUUAGCAUUCAGCCAAAGGAUAGCUCGGGCGGCGGAGGAGAAACCCGCGAGUCUGUUGUACAGCGGCUGGCUGAUGACAUGCUCGAUAAGCUUCCUGAAAACUACAUCGCACAUGAGGUAAACUGAACGAAUAAGAUUAUUUUGACGCUUCACUGUGUAUCCGAGUCCUCAGUUCUUUGUCAAUCACGGGAAAAAAGUGGACCUCUUUUCAUGGAGGAUUUUCUAGCGUAUAAACUGGUAUUCGAGUAUAGAGGUUGAAAAUUCUCAUUUUUUUUUUUUUUUUAAUUUCAGGUGAAGGCGAGGUUGCAGAAGAUGGGAGCACUGUCUCCCAUGAAUAUCUUCUUGAGGCAAGAAAUCGAUCGAAUGCAGAGAGUGAUAACCGCUGUGCGGCAGACACUGACAGAUCUAAAACUGGCCAUUGACGGAACCAUCAUUAUGAGCGAGGUUAGCUUUCUUCUAUUCUGCCUUUUUGGCAUUUUCGUUAAGUUUUAUCUUUCUUUGAAAAACUUGAGAAUCAUCGAAUGACAAAUGUGGAAUAUUAUCGCCAAUCCUUUGCUUACCAAAAACGGAGCUGAUAAAUUGUUUUCGUUUGUUUGUUUUUAAUAAUUUGCCGUCAUGUAAAUGGUCAUGAGAAGUGCCAACGUUAGUUACAGUGACCAAGCCAUUCUUUUAUUGUAGCUAUAGCAGAGUGCAGCCAAACGGACUGUUCCGUGUCCUGGGCUUAAACUUUCACUGUGCACUUUUCUUUAUUUGAUUUUGAUACAAUUCUUGGCCUUUUCUUUAGACCUUAAGAGACUCACUUGACUGCAUGUACGAUGCCAGGAUACCUACACACUGGAAAAAAGUAAGUAGUUUAUAAUUACCCCUUUAAACCCUAAUAUCAAAAUUUAAAUUCUCAUUUGUUGCCCCUAUUCAUUUCCCACAGAAUCAGCGGGGAGAAGUUGAUAAAAUAUCAAGCAAAUUCAUCUUGUGUGAUCAUGUCCGUAAUUCUCUUGACCACUCUCUUUUACAAAGGAUGAGGGUUAAGACAGGAGAAAAUGUCGGGACAUCCACAGGUUAAAGCGUUCUAGUUACACAUUUGAAAGUACUUUCCCGAGAAAACAUCGACCAUUUUUUCCAUUUUUCUUCCACUUUAUUUCAUCCCUUUUUAGAUCUCAUGGGAGUCUUCCACGCUUGGAUUCUGGUACACCGAACUUUUGGAAAGAAACAGCCAGUUUAGGAAUUGGUGUUUUGAAGGAAGACCUAAUGUGUUCUGGAUGACAGGCUUCUUCAAUCCCCAAGGAUUCCUCACCGCCAUGAGACAAGUAUGAUUUAUUCGCCACUUUAAGGUUGCGCGAGAAACCGGGUCGAAAUGGCUGUCAAAGUGCAUUGUGGGCCUCUUUUGGGGGAUGAAUUUACCGCCAUAUUAAAAACAGUCCCACAAUGUACUUCGACAAUCAUCUCGACCCGGUCUCCCGCGUAACCUCAAAUCGAUUGUAAUCCGUUUUCCUCAGUAAUUAACAGUAUUUACUCGUUUUACCGUACGUUUGGUCAGUCAUAGACCAACGGUGAAGUCAAAAGUGACCCCGGAGGCGAGAUGGUGAAAUAUAACCUCGUCGUAUGUUGACGCCUCUAGUGGCUCUUUGGUAGCUUUAAACACAGUUAGUAGAGAAAACUGGUUAUGACAGGCCGUAAACAUUAAUGGUAACAACAACGGUACCCGGCAGUUUAUGUUGGAAGUUCUCUGACGGUGCACAAUUUUUUGUUUUUUAAUGACGGAAUAAAUUAAUGUAAGGUUUCUAUUGGUCAAUAAGAUCAACAAGACAUGAAUGCUAACCAUUCCAAUAUAUCAACUAUGCUUUAACUGACUACUAUGUAGCUAGUUACAAGGAAUAUAUGUUGUGGUUCAAUUUUUCCUCGUUUUUUUAUUUCCUUCAUUAUCAUAUAUCACCAAACCCAAAAACAAAAGAAAAUUAAAUUUAAACCAAAGAUAACAUUAAACCAUAGCAUUUACAUUUUUACAAUGUUUGUCAAUAUCAUGAGAUAAAAAUUAAACCAGCCGUGUAGUGUGCGAAUGAUUUUCUUCCUAUCAAUUACUUUCUUUACCUUAAGAAACAAAAUUUACGCAUGAAUCUUUUUCUAUUUAUCAGGAAGUGACGCGUGCGCACAAGGGCUGGGCCCUGGACUGCGUGGUGCUUCAUAAUGACGUCACGCGUUUCUUUAAAGAUGACAUCACUCAGCCCCCAGCUGAAGGGGUCUAUGUGCAUGGAUUGUAUCUUGACGGAGCCGGGUGGGAUCGCAGAGGCUGCAAACUUGUGGAACCCACGCAGAAGGUUCUCUUCACCGCCAUGCCAGUCAUUCAUAUCUACGCUAUUAACACGACCGCUGGCCGAGAUGCCCGGAUGUACCAGUGCCCGAUAUACAAGAAACCAAGGAGAACAGAUCUGACGUAUAUUGCAAGUGUGGACUUGAAAACCAAUCAGAAUCCAGAUCACUGGAUUCUGCGCGGUGUCGCCCUGUUGUGUGACAUUAAGUAA